AUGUCUGUAAUAAAUGUCUUUCUCAGACAAUGGAUGCGGAUCAAAUGUCUUUCUUUCUCGACAUUUUGUAUCGAUAACUGUUACGCUAUUCCCCCAUCCCUAAAUGUGAGUAGGAAAUACAUAUUUCCAUAUGUGCCAUCUCUUUCUUUCUUUCUUUCUUUCUUUCUUUCUUUCUUUCUUUCUUUCUCCGACAGUCGAAUAGUUGAUGUCUGUAAUUUCUUUUUUUUCUUUCUUUCUUUCUUUCUUUCUUUCUUUCUUUCUUCAAUAGUUGAUGUCGGUAAUUUCUUUCUUUCUUUCUUUUUUCUUUCUUUCUUUCUUUCUUUCUUUCUUUCUACUUUAAUUUCUUUCUUUUUUCAAUACCAUGACGAAUUUCUUUCUUUCUUUCUUUCUUUCUUUCUUUCUUUCUUUUCUUUCUUUCUUGUUAGUUCCUUUAAUUAUUCUUUCUCUCACCGAUAUUAG